ACUGUUAUUGGUGCUGAUGUUGAGGGGUAGGGCUCAGUGGCUCCGCUAUUAAAACUCAAAAGCACUCAUCCACUCGCAGAGCAUCAGUUAAGAGAGCGAGCAGGCAAGAAUGCACCAAACCCCGGACUUUUACCCAGAGGAGUGUUUAGUUUAUUUCUUAUGGACGGACAAUCACAUACACUCGUAAUCGCGUUAUGGUACAUGUGAGUGUUGCGGCGGUAAAGCGCACAACCAGAUGAGCAAAGCUAAGAGGAUUUAAUGCAGCUGGCCACGUUGAGUGAAGAAGAUUAUAUUGUUUUAAUCAAAACCAAAGAAGUUUGUAUUGCUGCUCACUUUAGUUGGCGCUCUGGAGGAGUGAAGUUUAUCUGUUGUGUGGUUUCUCUGAAGUGAACUGUUUAAGGAUGCUCAUUUUACAAAGAUGCAUGGCGUCAGCCUCACAGUAAAAAGACACACGACUCUUUCAGAACUGGACCUGAUCUUUACUAACCAAAAUCUGGACUCGUUUAACUGACAGAGAUGUGCCAGUGUUACUCUGCGCUGCUUUUGCUCUGUUUGUACAUGGUGACUUGCGGAGCAGAGCUCAGAACAGCUGUGUCGCCUCUGGGUUGGAGUGAAAGUGAUAAGGAGGCGAGCGUCUCCCCUCCUGACUCCCGUUCUGGGAUUAUCAAAUCCCUGCGGCUUUUCCCCAACCCUUCCCAAUCUAACGCUCAAAGCCUUGAUGCUGCACCAGACCCUGGAGCACUAGAUCUGUGGACUUGGUUAUCCAACCUCACCGACACAGAGGGAACCCUAUCCAGGGCCAAACGCCGUCCCUAUGUGAAAACAGGCAAGUUUAAGAAGAUGUUCGGCUGGGGCGACUUUCAUUCCAACAUCAAAACAGUCAAGCUAAACCUUCUCAUCACAGGGAAAAUCGUCGACCACGGCAACGGAACCUUCAGCGUUUAUUUCCGCCACAAUUCCACCGGGCUUGGCAACGUGUCCGUCAGUCUGGUCCCGCCCUCCAAGGCUGUAGAUUUUGAGAUCAUGCAACAGGAAACCAUAGAGGUACCUAAAGACAAUAAAGCUUUCAAUUGUCGCGUGGAAUACGAGAAGACGGAUCGCAGCAAGAGGACAUCUGCUUGCAGUGACUUCCCGAACAGGGUCUGUCUCCAGGAGCAGACCCAAAGUCAUGUGUCCUGGCUUUGCUCCAAGCCCUUUAAAGUCAUCUGCAUCUACAUUGACUUCUUCAGCGCAGACUACAAGCUGGUGCAGAAGGUCUGCCCGGACUACAACUACCACAGUGACACGCCCUAUACUUCUGUUGGAUAACACUGCCAAGAUUCCCUCUUCCUGUUAAACAAAGAACCGGAUACAUGGAAGCAGAGCUUAGAAACGGAACCACCCUUUGUAUCCCAAAUGCUUUGCCUUUCUUCUGGGUGACACAACGAUGAAAUUCUGUUAUUCUUUACCCACACAACUACAUUUUUGUGUUUUACAGAAGAAAGUUAUGCAUGUUUGAAACAACAUGUAGGUGUGUAAAUGAAGGCAAAGUUUUCAUUUUUAGGUAAACCGUCCCUUUAAAACUUUAGCUCUGAAAAUGCUAUAGCUAAUGUCUAAAUCUCAUGCGGACAAGACUAACACGUGUACAUGCAACAGUGACCCCAUUCUCAGUGACCCUUGUGAUGUCAUCAGUGUGAAGUUUCAAAAGAUUAAAAAUGUCAAAUCUACAUGGCUGGGAUUUUUAGGAAUAGAAAAAUGUGAAACAUUUAGUAUUGAUGUCACUUGUGAUUCCCUCUAUUUCGUAAUGUUUUUGUGUUUACAAUAUAAGAUUAUUAUGGUCAUAAUGUGCUCCACUGUCUCCCCAGUUUUUGUUUGUUAAUAAAAAAAAACAUCUG